GCACACAAUCUCAUCUCAGCUCGUGUGGCGGACCAUGCCCAGUUUCGAAAAGCAAUUGGAGCUACAUUCUCGGACAAAGUUGUUAAGCUACAAGAAUCAAUAAUAACUCAAUAUGUGGAUCUCAUGGUCAAGAAGCUUCAUCAAGCUGGGGCAGAGAAUGCAGGAAAAGUGCCAGCUGUUGAUGUCAUCCACUGGCUCAUUUUACCACUUUCGACAUCAUCGGUAAUCUUGGAUGGGGCGAAUUUUUCAAUUGCCUCCAGAAACAGGAUUACCGCCCACGGAUCACCGUUUUUCUACAAUUUCGGGCUCUCGUAGCCACAACCUUGGUUUCGUACAUGACACCGAAAUCCGUCCUAGCUAGCUUGCAAUUAGUCCUCUCCACAUCAGAGCAAAACGUCAACAAUCGCCUUAAAAGAAAGACGGAUUCCCUAGAUAUGGUGUCCUACAUUCUCUCCCACAAGUCAUCACCAGAAACCGGCAUAUCGGAAGCAGAGAUGAUUGCCAAUACCAUGGCAGUGAUUGUUGGAGGUAGUGAGACUCUGACGGCAGCACUGGCUGGCAGAAUCAAGAAUCUGAUCACACAUCCAAAGGAGAUGAAGGCUUUGGUCAAUGAGAUCCGCUGUGCUUUCAACACAGUCGGCAUCCCCUGCUACACCAUAUUCAGAUCCAAAACCAAUUUCUAUUCUCCCAAGAGGUUUAUCCCAGAACGCUGGCUUUGGCAAUAUGGUUCGCUUCCCCUACUCCGCAGACAGCCAAGAAGCGUACCAUCCGUUCGGCAUGGGCCCUCACGGGUGUCUUGGGCAGCAACUAUGUUGGGUCAAGUUGCGGGUUAUUUUGGCUAGGUUGCUGUGGAAUUUUAAUGUGGAGGUACUGGCAGCCGUUAGAGUGGACGGAACAGAAGUUUUUUAGGUUUGGGAUAAGAAGCCUGUGAGUGUUGGAUAGAGUGUGGCACAGAGGGGAUAUUAGGAGCAAUUACACUUCUCACAAUGCUGAUCACACUUCGCU